AUGGUUAAACAAACUGGUGUACCACCAUCAGACAUUACUUUUUUAGUAAUUUCUGGUCCGCUACAUGGUUAUUUAGAUAUUGAAGGAAGUGAAGAAGAUAAAAUAGGAGAUUAUGAAGAUAAGGGUGGUAUCAAAGCAUUUGAUCAAUCCACUGUUAAUGGAGGUAAAUUGUAUUAUGUUGAAUCUGUUGCUAACCAGACAGAAGAUGUAGUUGUCAUUGAUGUAACAAAUGGUGUCAAUUGGCUGCGUUCUUUGUUGAGCCUUGAACUGAAGAUAAUCCUCUGGUCUGGUAACGUUAAAGGAGCAGAUGUUUCUAUAUCUUGGGUUUGA